UCGGCAUACAAGGCUGACUGCCUAUAAACACAAAGCUAUGCAAUGCUCAUAAAUCACACACACCAACAUACAUACAUACUAUCUUCUUCUUCUCAUACACCUGUUUACAACUUCAUUAUCAAUAAGCAUUAUGGGUAUUUUCACAUAUGAGAAUGAUACCACUUCUACUGUUGCACCUGCUAAGUUAUUCAAAGCUGUGGUGCAUGAUGCUGAUGUCAUUGUUCCUAAGGUUGUUGAUUCCAUCAAAACUGUUGAAAUCGUUGAAGGAAAUGGUGGCCCUGGAACCAUCAAGAAGAUCACUUUCGUUGAAGGAGGACAGACCUUGUAUGUGUUGCACAAAAUUGAAGCUAUUGAUGAUACGAAGUUUGAAUAUAAUUACAGUAUAGUUGGAGGAUUCGGUAUAUCAGACAUAGUUGAGAAGAUAUCAUUUGAGGCCAAAUUGGUUGAAGGUCCAAAUGGAGGAUCCGUUGGGAAGAUGACGGUUAAAUAUCACACCAAAGGAGAUGCUAAGCCCAUAGAAAAGGAAGUUGAGGAAGGCAAGGCUAAGAGUGAUGCUCUUUUCAAAGCCAUUGAAGGUUACGUUUUGGCAAAUCCUAACUACAACUGAUACUAUCGUUACUGUUCUUGCUAGCUAGCUUUGUUGCUGUCUUAAUACACAAGUUUUCUUCCAAUGUAAUAAAGUGUCUGUUCUUUUGGUUCUGAACUUUGAGGUUUGGCAUAUUUGUAUUUCACCUUAUCAAUAAUCAACAACUUAAUGCAAAAUGAAAGCAUAUCCUAUAUAAUACUUUUGUUGUUGAA